UUUGAAGAAUCCUCCGGCUGGGAAAACCGAAUCAUCGUCUACUUUCGCAGUCUUCCGGUUGUACUGCUUAGUCGCCUUCACGGGCCACACUUAUAGCGCCAGACUUCUCAGGCUCACCAUUGCCCUCUUAUGUUUCAGUUUGAACGGCUCCUUCCAUUAGUAACUGAAAACAAACUGAAAAUUCACUUCUUCCCAAGCAGUUCUUGAGCACCUAGAAGGCUCAGAAGGGAAGCGGGGAUGGGUGCAGACCGACUUUGGCCUCCAGCAUGAACACAAGUAUUCCCAGCAUAGGGGAAGUGGAAUGCUUGGCUUGCGAAGAACAGAACUUUUGUUUUUCGGAGCAGACAUUCGUUCUGUAUUAGAGCAUUUGUGCCCAGGACUGGGUAUAUACUGAGGAGUAAAACUUUGUUCCUGCUAUUUCGAGGUGUGUGUUCCGCCGGAGGAGACAGAUACGAAAGAAAUAAAUUUUAGUGUCGUAAAGUAUUCUGGCUAUUUGGAUMAGCGCUAAGUUUGAUGUUAGACCUGGAGAAGAGGAACGGAACUGAAGUGUCGAAGGGUUGGAUUUCCGGGGUGGUGGACCAACUAGAGCGGCGCACCGUCAACAUGGCGGCUGGGCUGCGGAAACGCAGCCGGGCGGGUUCCGCGGCCCAGCCGGCGGGAGUCUGCGGACAAUGGCUACAACGCGCCUGGCAAGAGCGGCGCUUAUUGCUUUGGGAGCCGCGCUACACGCUGCGGGUGGCCUCCUGCCUCUGCCUGGCAGAGGUGGGCAUCACCUUCUGGGUCAUUCACAGGGUAGCAUACACAGAGAUUGACUGGAAGGCCUACAUGGCCCAGGUGGAAGGCGUCAUCAAUGGCACAUAUGACUAUACACAACUGCAGGGUGACACUGGACCUCUUGUCUACCCAGCUGGCUUCGUGUACAUCUUUAUGGGACUAUACUAUGCCACUGGCCAGGGCACUGAUAUYCGCAUGGCACAGAAUAUCUUUGCUGUGCUUUACCUGGUGACUUUGCUACUCGUUUUCUUAAUCUACCACCAGACUUGUAAGGUACCUCCCUUCGUCUUUUUCUUCAUGUGCUGCGCUUCUUACCGGGUCCACUCCAUCUUCGUGCUGCGGCUCUUCAAUGACCCAGUGGCCAUGGCGCUGCUUUUCCUCAGUAUCAACCUCUUCCUGGCCCAGCGCUGGGGCUGGGGCUGCUGCUGUUUCAGCCUGGCGGUCUCCGUGAAGAUGAAUGUGCUACUCUUCGCCCCUGGUUUACUGUUCCUUCUCCUUACGCAGUUUGGUUUCCGUGGUGCCCUCCCCAAGCUGGGCAUCUGUGCUGUCCUUCAGGUGGUGCUGGGGCUCCCUUUCCUGCUGGAGAACCCAAUUGGCUAUCUAUCCCGCUCCUUUGAUCUUGGCCGCCAGUUUCUCUUCCGCUGGACAGUAAACUGGCGCUUCCUCCCUGAGGCCCUAUUCCUGCAUAGAGCUUUCCACCUGGCCCUGUUGGCUGCCCACCUCACCCUGCUCUUGCUAUUUGCCCUCUGCAGAUGGCACAGGACUGGGGAAAGUAUCCUGUCGCUGCUGAAGGAUCCCUCCAAAAGGAAGGUUCCACCCCAGCCCCUCACACCCAAUCAGAUUGUUUCUACCCUCUUCACCUCCAACUUCAUUGGUGUCUGCUUCAGCCGCUCUCUCCACUACCAAUUCUAUGUCUGGUAUUUCCACACACUGCCCUACCUCCUGUGGGCCAUGCCUGCACACUGGCUCACACACCUGCUCAGGUUGCUGGUGCUGGGGCUCAUCGAGCUCUCCUGGAAUACAUACCCAUCUACAUCCUGCAGCUCUGCUGCCCUGCACAUAUGCCAUGCUGUCAUCCUGCUGCAGCUCUGGCUGGGCCCACAGCCUUUCCCCAAGAACAUCCAGCACAUCAAGAAAGCCCACUGAAAUCUACCCCUUUCCUUCCAGUCCACUCUCAGGACCCUGGUGGAAUGGACUCUGUGCCCUUUCAAAUAAACCUUUCCAAGUCAACUUCUGUGCAGCCUACAUGGAGAUAGGAGUAGCUGGUGCCUGGACCAGGCUGUGAGGGGUAUGUACCCAGCAGAUAAAGAGCUUAUUCAGGCAGU